CGGAGGGAGAGAGGAGCGAGGAGAAGGAGGCGGAGGCGGCGGCGACAACGACGCGGGUAAACGGGGGCCGGCGCGCCAGCGAGAGCGCGCCGAGCGCCUCAGCCCCCGCUCCCUCCGCGGCCUGGCCCGCAGCCCCACCAGGAGGGCUGCCUUAACACAGAUCAUGAGCAGGUAAUGCACAAGGAGUGCUAUUGGGAAUCAUGUCGGACGAGUCAAUCUCAGGGAGUGAUCCGGACGUGGACCCGGACUUGGAGCAGGAAGAUAUGGAAGAGGAGGAGGAGGAAGAGGAGGAUGAAGCAAUGGAGGAGGACAAUGAUGGGGAUGAUGAAGAGGAUUUACUUGAUGAGAAUGACCAGUCCCAUGAAGCGGUGUUUGGCAGUGAUCUUGUUCAACAUGGUGAAGAUGGGGAAUGGCAACGCUCUACUUCAACUACCUCAUCUCAGAGUGAACAGGCAGAGAAACUGUUGCAGAAUCAGCACAAGAGCCUGGCCUCUGAGGACACCAAAAAGAAGAGGGCUCAGAAACCUUCUCAUAUGAGGAGGAACAUAAGGAAGCUACUGCGGGAGGACCAGUUGGAAGCUGUGACAAAAGCAGCCCAGCAGGAGGAGUUGGAAAGAAGGAAGCGACUUGAGCAGCAAAGGAAGGAGUAUCAAGCCAGCAUCCCCACAGUACCCUUAGAGUUUCUCCCAGAGGAGAUUGCUUUAAGAACUGCAGAGGUUGCUCAGCUUUCCCCUCAAGUAUUAUCUGAAGACGUCAUCUGCUUAGACAGUACCAGCAGUGGCAGUGAGGAUGACUCCAAAGGAAGACUCCAUAGCAUUAAAGAUGAAGUGAUAGAAUUAAGUUCAGGAGAAGAUGAAUCCCUCCAGAUUGUAGACAGCAGCGACUCUGGCAAUGAAGGGGAUGAAGAUGCUACUGAAGAGAGCAGUGGUGCUCACGUGAAUGAUGCUCUAAACCAGUUAGAUGCUUCAGGACAAGUAAUUGUCAACAUAAACCACCCACCAAAUGAAGAAGACAUUUACCUGGCUCCUCAACUUGCACGAGCUGUAAAACCACACCAGAUUGGUGGUAUCCGCUUCCUGUAUGAUAAUCUGGUGGAAUCCUUGGAAAGAUUUAAAACCAGCAGUGGGUUUGGCUGUAUCUUAGCUCAUAGCAUGGGGCUGGGCAAGACCCUCCAGGUCAUCUCUUUUUUGGAUGUACUUUUCCGGCACAUUGAGGCGAAGACUGUCUUGGCCAUUGUACCCGUAAACACUCUUCAAAACUGGCUAGCUGAGUUCAACAUGUGGCUUCCAGCACCAGAAGCCCUUCCUGCUGACUGUGAUCCAAAAGAGAUUCAGCCUCGUACCUUCAAAGUCCAUAUCUUGAAUGAUGAACACAAGACCACAGCAGCUCGUGCCAAAGUGGUAACUGAUUGGGUGACUGAUGGCGGUGUGUUGCUGAUGGGUUAUGAGAUGUAUCGUCUCCUUUCAUUGAAAAAAUCCUUUGCCACAGGCAGAAAGAAAAAAAGCAAAAAACAGACUGGCCCUGUCAUUAUAGAUUUGGAUGAAGAGGAUCGUCAGCAGGAGCUUUUAAAAGGAAUCGAGAAAGCUUUGUCCCGCCCUGGGCCAGAUGUGGUGAUUUGUGAUGAGGGACAUCGGAUAAAGAAUUGCCAUGCUAGCACCUCUCAGGCAUUGAAGAGCAUCCGAUCUCGGCGACGGGUGGUACUCACUGGCUACCCUCUGCAGAACAACCUAAUUGAGUAUUGGUGUAUGGUGGACUUCGUCCGUCCCGACUUUCUUGGUACCCGGCAGGAGUUCAGUAACAUGUUUGAGCGCCCCAUCCUGAAUGGACAGUGUAUUGAUAGCACCCCUCAGGAUGUUCGCCUCAUGAGGUAUCGCAGUCACGUCCUGCACAGCCUGCUGGAGGGCUUUGUACAAAGGCGAGGGCACAAUGUCUUGAAAGUUCAGCUUCCCUACAAGGAAGAGCAUGUCAUCUUAGUGCGUUUGUCAAAGAUCCAGCGGGCUCUUUACACUGAGUUCAUGAACCGGUUUCGUGAUGCAGGCAACAGUGGCUGGCUGGGACUGAAUCCACUCAAGGCUUUCUGUGUCUGUUGCAAGAUCUGGAAUCACCCUGAUGUGCUAUAUGAAGCAUUACAGAAAGAGAAUUUGGCUAAUGAGCAGGACCUGGAUGUGGAUGACCUCGGCACGGCCAGUACCAAUUCACGCUGCCAGUCACAGGGAAUGAAAGUCAAAACAGAGAACAAUGCUUUGGCAUCACCAAUUGGGGAAGCGACCAACAGCAAAUACAUUCAGGGCAUUGGCUUCAAUCCCUUUCAGGAAAGAGCCAAUCAGGUUGUAACGUAUGAGUGGGCGAAAGACAUCCUUUGUGAUUACCAGACAGGAGUUUUGCAAAAUUCGCCUAAGAUGGUGUUGCUGUUUCAUCUUGUGGACGAGAGUGUGAAACUUGGAGACAAAUUAUUAGUCUUCAGCCAAAGCCUUUCCACGUUGUCUGUCAUUGAGGAUUUCUUGGCAAAGAGACCAGUGCCUUCUAUUCCAGGCUUGGAAUCACAAGGAAUCCAUAAUUGGGUCCGAAAUGUGAAUUAUUAUCGUCUGGAUGGUAGUACUUCAGCCUCCGAGAGGGAGCGGCUGAUUAACCAGUUCAAUGACCCCAGCAACAUUUCGGUUUCACUCUUCCUUCUUUCCACACGUGCUGGAUGUUUGGGUGUGAAUCUGAUCGGUGCAAACAGGGUGAUAGUAUUUGAUGCCUCCUGGAAUCCAUGCCAUGAUGCCCAGGCAGUAUGUCGGGUGUAUCGUUAUGGGCAGAAGAAGCCUUGCCACAUCUAUCGAUUAGUUUCCGAUUUCACCCUGGAGAAGAAAAUUUAUGACCGCCAGAUCUCCAAACAAGGGAUGUCAGAUCGUGUUGUGGAUGACUUGAAUCCGGUGUUGAACUUUACCCGGAGAGAGGUGGAGAACUUGCUACACUUUGUGGAAGAGGAACCCGAAGCUGUCCAGCGUUCAUUCAGCCCAAACAAGAUCAUGGAAUCUGUCUUACAGCUGGCCUGUCUCAAGUACCCUCACCUCAUCACCAAGGAGCCUUUUGAGCAUGAGUCGCUGCUGAUUGACCGUAAAGAACACAAGCUCACCAAGGCAGAGAAGAAAGCAGCCAAGAAGAGCUACGAGGAAGAGAAACGUGCAUCCGUCCCAUACACCCGUCCAUCCUACGCUCAGUAUUACCCAGCCACUGACCAGAGCCUGACAAACAUACCUGCCUUCAGUCAGAGGAACUGGCGACCAAGCCUCAAAGGUGAAGAGAGGCCGGUGGCAAGCGUACGUCCCGUUCAGUCCACCCCCAUUCCUAUGAUGCCGCGCCAUGUGCCGUUGGGCAGUAUGGGAUCAGCAUCAGUUUCCAAUCCUGGCAUCAACUUUCCCAUCAAUUACCUGCAGCGAGCUGGUGUCCUCGUACAGAAGAUUGUCACCACAACAGAUAUAGUGAUCCCGGGUACAAACACUUCCACUGACGUGCAGGCAAGGAUCAGUGCUGGAGAGAGCAUCCACAUUAUCCGUGGAACUAAAGGGACAUAUAUCCGGACCAGCGAUGGACGAAUCUUUGCUAUUCGCACCACUGGCAAGCCAAAGGGCAGUGAUGAUCAUCGCAUGGUUGCCUCGGGAUCCCAAGGGCCAUCUCUGGAAUCCACAAGCAACGGCCGACAUAAUGCCUCCUCGCCCAAGCUUCCCAACACAGAGGAGCUCACUCGGCCGCUCUCCCCUGACAGCCCCGAAAUCAUCAGUGAACUGCAACAGUAUGCAGAGGCGGCUGCCGCCCGUGAGUCCAGACACAACUCCCCUAGCACUAACGCGGCACCCGGACACCCGGCCCGGAAAGACAACACGGCCCCAUUAGCAGCUCGUGGAACUGAGCAGCAGCGAGCAGGGACUCGUGGUACAGCUCCCUCAUCCUCUUCAGCCCUGCCGGCCACCAGCCACCACGUGGACAACCACUCCGUGCUGGACUUAAGAGGCAACAAGCGCAAGUCUACGUCACCUUCCGGCCCAGAGGAGCAGGCCCAUCGACAGCAGAAGAAGCGGCCACUGCCCACAGCAGUCCAGCCAUAUGAAAGUGGGUACACUGUCUCUGGUGGGUUCACCAUGCCCUCUGUUCCCUUAAACCACAACCUAGCCCACCCAUUUCCUCCCCAAGCAGGCAACUCCUUGUACAUGAGCACAGGCUCCUCCUAUUACCAGCUGCCUAGCUUGCUCUCAGACCCCCACCUGGUGUUUCCUGUGACUACUGACCCUCUGCUGACAGCCGGCACUGCUAGUUCCUCUGCUGCUACCUCAGCCACCGCCAGCGUCCCCUCUUUCAUGUUAAACCCCUCCAUGACGGGGAUGCUCUCCAACUACUCGCUGCCCUUCACGCAGUCACUCCUGCCUGAGCCCAGGAUGUUUGCUCCUUUUCCAUCCCCAGUCCUGCCCAGCAGCCUUCCCAGGAGCAUGGCGUCUGCCUAUCCUGGCUUCAUGUCCCCUCAUUCAGGAUAUCCAGCUGGGGGCCUCCUUCGGUCCCAGGUGCCUCCGUUUGACACCCACGAGGUCUCUGAGGUGGGCUGCAGCUCCAACGAGGACGAGGACAAAGAUGACGAUGUAAUAGAGAUCACGGGGAAGUAAGGGGCCUAGUCUCUUGUUAGAGUUCAACUCGGCCGGGAGGCAAAAAUAAAUAAACAAAAAAACAAAAUCCUCACUGGACCUUUCUGGGGCCAAGGGUUUCCAUCCAGGACACAGCAGAGGAGGAGGAGACUGGAAAGGAAGGUGGCGUUUUUUAGUUGUCCGAGGUCUGCAUUGUAUGGGGAACUGUAUUGAAUGGACACCCACCCAAGAGUGGGGAAGCAAGAGAGUUGCAGGAGGGAAGUAAUACUGUAAACCAUAGGAGUGCCUCCUUGACUUUCCCUCCUGUGCUCUGAGUUGUCCAAAAGGGAGACCGGCCAUUACGUUUCAGUGCCCUUUGUUAGGCUGGAGACACUGGUUUGUUGUUUUCUCUCUCUCUCUCUCUGUCUGUGGAAUAACUCUCAAACACGAACUGCCUUAUCUGUGAAAGUUCAGUACCCCAUAGUAAAUAGGGGUGAGUUUGUACCCUAGGAGACAUGAUGAUGAAUAGCAUUAUUAAUGGAGGGAGGGAGGUGGGUUUGGAAGGAGCAGGCAAUAUGUAAUGUGUAGUGGGAGGGUGUGGGUGGGGCAGGGUCUAUGUGAAAACCAGUUUUGUCUUUCAUCCAUCUGAAAGCUGAAGACAGGUGAGUCUGGUGGUCCUCACCAGGCCCUCAUCAGGUGGUAUCGGGAGUAAGGGAGAAUCGGUGAUGGGGUGCAGCUCUCCUGCUGCCUUCCCCACGAGAUCCAUUUGAAGGCAGGGACCUUUGUCGGCUCAGCUUCACACUGGCUUCUUCAGCAGGGUUGGGUUAGGACUUGUACCAGUCUUUUAGUGAGGUAGUGCUCAGUGGAGGAAUUGCGAGGAUUUUCCUACGUCCCUCUCUAGCUUUCUGUAGUGGUUACUCUCCCUCUGCCACCCCACCCACUACCGAGGAGCGAGUAGAAGAAAGCUUAGCAGUCAGGCUCCUGUUGACCACAGUAAGUCGAACGUCUUACAAAAGGGAUGCGCUCGAGAGCCUUGCUGCUGCCUGUGUUAAUUGUUGACACUGAUCCGACUGACCUUCUCCUUCUGCAGAACAGAUUUGUUAAUUUAUUUAACGAAAACAAACUAUUUAUUUUGGGAUUCUCUUUCCUUUUCUGCUUUUUCCUUGCUGUAAACAAUGGCCUCUACAGAAAGCAGGAUGGUCUGCAUGGGGAAGAAUUGGGGAUGGCGAAUAGGCUGCUUGACCAAAGCAGAGGCAGUGCGCAGGACCAAGAGACAGCGCCCCCCCCCCCACAGUCACACACUUGUUCAGCUGAUAAAACAUCUAACAGCCCCUAUAUUCCUUGUUCCUCUUCAGCUGAACAUGCAUCAACACUGCAGAUGGCUACUUCAGUGUCAGCUGGAACCCUGCUUGGUGUCUAGCAUUCUCCCUUGUACUAAGUAGCAGUUAAACUUGCCCUCCAUGUUUGUUGGAGAGGUUGGUUACGCAAGCAGGAUCCCACCACUUAAGUGGAUCAUGAGUAAGAAAGUAGUCAAGCCAUUGGAGAGGCAUGUCCUCUGCACUGUGACUAGGCUCUGGUCCAUGCUUGCUCUGUUUAUAUGCUGCCACAAGGGUGUAAAAGGAGAAGCUGUGAGCUCUCAUAGCAGGCUUAAUGAAAGGAGCGAGUUCCUUGGUUUAGGCAGAAAGACCAGUGUCUGUCUUUCUGCUGGGGGAUGGGAUACAUAUAACAGAGACAGUGGAAUGGUACCCAGAGUCUCUCUUACAAAGUGGAACCAGGUACUCUCUUUAGGCUUUUAAAGAAUUGCCAUUCCAGGGGAAAGAGGGCAAGCACUGCAUGUCCAUGGCAGGGAAUGAGUGAGAGGGUUGCCAGCCCCCUGUGCUAAGGAAGCCUUUUCAGGAUAGUGGUUGAAACCCCAUUCUCACCUAACUUUGUUAGGUGGUUCAAACUGCCCCCUCUUCAUGUGGAAACCUCUCCAUCCUACAGAAUUUGAGAAUUCAGCCUUUGUCCACACUGUUUGAGGUCUACCAAGACCCACAGUUCAAGAGGUAGUGGCUAGGUGAUCCACAUAUUGGUUCUGAAAGCUCUCUCUGUGUAUGUGUGUGUGCGCGCUUGUAUGAACCGUAAAAAGCAUGAAAUGAUGGGCUUCCUGUCUUUUCUCUGUUUAUGGGACACUGUCUGUCAGACCUGACUUCACCAUUCGUAGAAGCCUUAGAUUUACAGUUAGCUAUGCAAAUUACUUUUAAUUAUUUUAAAAUAAAAACAUUAAAAUAGUGCUUUCUUCUUUAACAUAUCCUAGGAGUUGAAAACCGAGGGGUUCUGAGCAAACUUCUGGACAACUUGUCUUUGGAUGCACCAUGGGAAUAAAAAACAAACAAACACAACCCCCCCACAAAAAUAACAAAGCAAAUUAACUGAUGGUGUCCAUUCGCGUUUCUCCAAAGACUUGGCCAUGGUACGUCUGUGAGUCAUGCCCUUUUGUGAUUUGUAUGUGUCCACCUCAUACAAAAUAUGAUGACACUGAUUGUACUGUAAACUCACUCAGCUGUCUUUUGCAACCCUCGAUAAGUGGACUUGGGGACCAGAUGGUAGGCAAGGUGGGUUCUUGCUUGAGCAGCAAGGUUUUAGAGCUGCUGAAGCCAAACCAUUUUUGGAGAAAGAUAUCAUUACUUUAGGCUUCAGGCAGGCUCAGUCUUCAGUGUGUUGGUUUGGGGCAGCAUAGCUAAUGAUAACCUGAGAUAUCUUGUCAGCUCCUGUCCUCAUUUCAACUGAGUAAAGAAUUUUGACAGGACAGGCUGAUACGCUCUGUCCAUUACUUCAAACAGUGCUUCCUUCUGAUUCUCUUGUUCCUUUUGAAGAAUUUACAAAGGGCUCAGGAGGGGUCACUGGACUAGGCAGGUUUUUAGCACAUCCUCACUGUAAUAGAGGGAAUAGAUACAUCUGGGAUUAAGUAAACUAGGCCUUGUAACCACCUUUUAAAUAGGAAUGGGAGGUAGCUAUUAGCUGUAGAAAAUGGUGUGUACACCUGUAAUUUACUACUCUGGCCACUGGAUGGCAGUGUUGCAUCACAUGGAUUAUUUAGGUUUUAAAAUACCUUAUUUUGAAAAAACUGGCUUUUGUACUUGGUUAAGAAAGCUAUAAAAAUGUUACAUCUGUCUGUCUAUGCACAUCUCUCUCUCUCUCUCUCUCUCUCUCUCUCUCUCUCUCUCUCUCUCUCUCUCUCUCUCUCUCUCUCUCUCUCUCUCUCUCUCUCUCUCUCUCUCUCUCUCUCCACUAAUCUUCUAAUGUUAGCGGAAUGCUUGAGAACGUAUUUGCACGACUGACAAACUCCACUUCACCUCCCUGUCUCCCCUAAUACCUUCUGUUAGACCAACCACUUUCUGUAACCUUUGGAGAGAAGUACUUUGUUGGGACAGAUGCCUCUACUUCAGCAAGUGCCUGAGCUGGGUCUCUUUCCCACCUGUAGGGCGUUAUACUGGCUUUGUCUCCAAGUGAUUGAAACUUUCAUUCCCCAGCGCUUGCUGAGAGAGAAUUCCGUUGCCAACGGGAAUGAAGAGAACACUUUUCCACUCUGCGUCCUUGUUGCUCCUAGAGGGCACAGUGCACCCUCCUUCUCAAAAUACUUCAAGUCUCCCAGGUGUUCAGCGUCCCCUAUGAAGCUGUGGCUUCCGACAACAGAGGGAAAGCUGCUGUGCCUUGUCUGUGAAGGGCAGAGAAUGCUUGAGACAAGAGCUGGGUCAGAAUGGCUUAGUGACUUAGCCUAGCAGAGUAUCAGAAAGGUCCCUUCCUUGAUGCAGCUGUAAUCCCCAGGAUAAAGCAGCACCUAUAGUUUUGUGCUGUAGAGAGAUCUCUGAAUCCACCCACAGGACCUGGGCAGUCCCUGUCUCCCAUAUCCCCAGUAACAUUUCUUUCUCUUGCUGGUUAUUGGUUGUGUUCCUGAGGCUAACCCUGGUUGACUCUGCUUGGCCCUGUGUGACUUGCACUGCAAAAUUUCAGACAACAAAAGAAUUGAGGAAGGAAACUUGGGGUGUUCGGCUUUUUACAGAUGCUAACACAGUCCCUAAGUGCAUAUCCCAGGAGCCUCUGGACUGUCCUUUUUAGGCCAUAUUGUUCAUUGGAAGGUGAUUUAGAUAUACCGUAGCAUUUCUUCAGCAGCUUUAGAGCAACACUAUUAAGUCUUGAGUAAUGCAGAACGGAACUUUACCCCUUUAAUAAAUGCUAUGGGGAUAGAGGUGACCUUAAACUGUGAUGUUUCCUGGAUCUUGAUGGUACACACUCCGUUUUGCUCCAGCUUCGGGCAGCCCACAAUUUUAAACUGAUCAUGAUUUUGUUUGGACACAUACUGCCUAUGAAUGGAUGGCUUUAAAUUGUUGUGGGCAUAGAAUUGAGGGACUUGAACUACAACCAUGGUAAGGGUUAUAUGUGUGUGUAUAUGCAUGUAUACUAAUUUCUGGGUGCUGUCUCUUUGUCACACUCUCAUACGACCAAGAGAUGGAACUGGAAUGGGAUUUGUCAGGUGAGAACAGACUUGAUGUUCAAUCACUUUGUUUGCAAUAACACUAACCCAUAGCUAAGAGGAAUGAGGUCAGAACACACCGGGCCUUGGGUUCGUGCACUUCCCUCUACUUUGGCACAGCCAUAAGGACAUGGGAAACUUCUGCUUCUGUAUUAGAUUAAACCACACUUCUGGCAUUAUAAGUGAAAGCUAAACUACUUUAUCUUAAUUAUGUUAAGAAAAGGCAUCUUCUUAAACUGUGGUUUGAAGCUGACUUGUCUCAACAACUAUGGCUUAUUUGUCUUGAGUUUGGUCUACAGAGAAAGCUGUAGUUAAUUUAAAAUGGAAGUGAAAGCAGGCAUGUCAGGGGAAGAACGUGAGCCCAAGGAUCGCCCAGUUGCAUUUUCAUUACCCUGAAGCAGGGGCGGGGAACCCCUUUUUGUCUGCUAAGGGCCACAUUCCCUCAGGAGUAAUUUGUUGGGGGCCAUGUGCCAAACUUGGGUAGGCCAGAGCAAAAUGGGGGGGGGGUGAGGCCAGGGGAGCAACCAACUGCUCUUGCUAGAGGUAUAAAGCAAUAGCUGGCAGAUGGCUCCUUUCAUUACAUCUGUUUUGGCUCCCCCAUCCCCCACCAUCCCUUCCCUUCCUCCAACCCACCAGAAAUUAGGCUGACAGCCCCAGGUUCCCAACCCAUACACUGAAAUGUUGGUUAGAGUUGUGUUCUAUGGGACAAAGUUAAAGGGGCUGCAGUUUCAGGUAGAGUUUUGAGGAGACAAAAUCUGACUGCAGCCCCAGACAAUGCCGCCAGGAAUCCCUGCAAAUAUACAGGCGUCCUCUCUGCCUCUCUCACCAUGACGGACAUAUUGCUAGUUGUAAACAAAGCCGGCUCAUAUUUUUUUAUCGGAAUUACGGGAUCAAAUGACAGCAGUGCAAAUGGUCAUGGGAAGAUAUGGCAAGUCAGUAAAAUUAUACAUGUAUUUGUGCUGAAAUCUUGUUUUAGCUACCAUAGAUGUACAGUUACUAAACUGGGAAAAAAUUGUCUGUGGACCCACUAAACAGAGAAAUUAAACAUUGACAGAUUAAAAAUAAUAACAAAACCUCUUGCAUUCCCCCCUCUUUAACUUCAAAACCAUAUUAAGCCAAGCCUGUUGAUUUACAAGUGAAAGGCUGUUUAGUCUUUGUGGGAAUGUC